UAAUUGAAAUUAUCAUGCAGCUGUUUGAAAGACACCUUGACGCAUCGUUAAAUCGUGCGUUUACGCAGAAGCAUAUUCAAUCUUUAUCAUCACGAUUAUUCUAAAACUUGUAAUUAGACACAUGCUCAUUCUGAAUGCCUGUUUUAAAGUAGGUGCUAACGCCAGAAGCUUCUGUCCGAAUGGCUGGGUGGUUUACGAGGAUUCUUGCUAUCUGUUUGCAGACGAAACCAACGUUUCCUGGACAGAAGCAAUUCACUUCUGUCAGUCACACAGCCGCGCACACUUGAUAACUGUGGAGACCAAAGCUGAAGAUAUGUUCAUCAAAGAUCAUGCUCGAAAAUUGUUCAAAGAUGAACUCGGUGUUUCUUCAGCACGAAACUCCUUCUGGCUGGGAGCAAGUGACGACGAGAUAGAGGGACAGUGGAUCUGGGACACCAACCACCAGUUGCUGAACUACACUAGCUUCCAUACUGUGUACGAGAUUCAGGGACCCUCACAAGAUUGCCUCAUUCUGUGGGGUUGUUUCAACAUGGACUGGGGUGAUUAUUUUUGUGAUGCCCAAAGCCACGCAAUAUGCAAGUUGGGUAUUGAGGAAUACCAACACUUUCUGGAAAAUGUACAAGUAGUUGGCUAGAAACGUGUGAAUCUGCGUACCAGAACGCUUUGUGAAUACUUGGACCUGUGGCAGUUCUCUCCAAUAAAAAAGCACCGGAAAGUGUCUGCUUGUUUUAUAUGCAGCAAUUCGUAAAGUUACUGCACGCUGUGAUGAAAAUGUAUAAUAGUACGUUUUGUCCAGAAUGUUUGGUCUGGACUUAAAUUAUAUAAACAUAUUUUCAAUAUCUGGUAUAAUUAAGUAUACCAUACAUGAUUGGCUGAUUAUCUAAUCUAACGUGCAUAUAAUGUUCUUAGAAAAAAUAUUGCACAAGUAUAAAUUUUAUUUUAAUGAAUUUUAAUAUAAUUUUUUGGUAAAAAAUAUUAACUAGCAUAUUAUUCGAGGCACCUAUUGUCCAACCCUUUUCUUGGGUUCAAGAAUAAAGAAUGGGCUUACACCAAAAACAAUUCCAGUCAUUAAAUAUUUAACAGCCUGUUAUUAUGUCUUAUGUACGGUGGCAUAGAGGUGACAUUCACCUCUCUUUUUUUUAAAUUGCUCUCCUAUUUUAGUUAGCUAUGUCGUGGCCACGAGAUAGAAAAAAGAGGAGUGCAAAACUAAAUAAAAGCGGCGUACAAUUAAAAACAGAGCGGUGCUUCUCUUUUUUUAAAUUGCUCUCCUCUUUUUUCUAUCUCGUGGCCACGAGUUAGCUACUUAGUAGUAGUAGUAGUAGUAGUAGUAGUAGUAGUAGUAGUAGUAGUAGUAGUAGUAGUAGUAGUAGUAGUAGUAGUAGAAGUAGAAGUAGUAGUUGUUGUUGUUGUUGUUGUACUAAUAGUAGUAGUAACAGCAGCAGCAACAACAACUGCAGCAGUAGUAGUAGCAGUAAUAGUAGAACUAAUAGUAGUAUGUUAUGUUAUAUCAGAGCCUUGCCUGCUUUGACCAGCUAUAUAUAUGCGUACCGAAUAUUUACACAUGUUACGCAACAUUUAAUUGGCUGACUAACUCGGGAUCUCGAGAAAGCGAAAAUUAUCUCCUCUUUUGUUUAAUGCACUCUGCCUUUAUUUAUUACACCGCUCUUUUUUUAAUUGUACGCCGCUUUUAUUUAGUUGUGCACUCCUCUUUUUCUAUCUAUGUCGUGGCCACGAGAUAGAAAAAAGAGGACAGCAAUUUAAAAAAAAGUGAAGUGAAUGUCACCUCUAUGCCACCGUACUUAUGCCAUGUCAUUUAGCGAAUUUUCCAAUACCUACCAAAUGUUUUGGUAAUUGGAACAUGAUAAAAAGCCAUGCACAUAAACUUUCUUUAUAAAUAUCAUGCAACAGUGUAUAAUUCUAGUAAACAAAAGUUAAGUAUGGAAAUAAAUUAAAAGAAUUCAUAUCAGUUUUCUAUAUAAGAAAGAUUGCAUUGUGUCGGUUAAGAGUAGGUAUUUUUUUAUAUUACAACAACAUAAUUGAUAUACAGGAGAAAAUGCGAAGACUGGCUAUUUCGAUUGUGUAAAGAUGAAUUACGAUUUGUUUCUUGAAUGCUCUUUGUACAAUGGCAAUUAGAAACAGAAGAAAUUAUUAUACUUAUGUGUUUAUUUAUUUUAUUAUUUUUGGAUUUCCUGCCAUCUUUGUGAUAGAUGCACUAAUACAAUUUCAUUGAGAUUUUUUUUGUGAAAAUUUAUGUUAUAAAAAUACAAAUAUAACACCGCAGUUGCUUUUUCGUACCAAUGUACAACCGGACAUAGGGGUGUAAUCGCAAUAUUUCUCUGUGUGCUGAUACAACACGUGUUCAAAUUGUUAUAGUUCAAUCAGACAUGUACAAUAAUAGACGAUAUUUAUAAAAUAUUCUUACAUUGUCUAUUCAAAUUAAAUAAUCAUUAGACUUCAAAUAAAAUAACUUUUAAACAUCUCAUUCCUUGCAACAAUUUAAUAAAAAGAUGUAAAAAUGAUA